CCACACCAAAAUGGCGGUCUUCGAUGUAAUUUUGAACGACAAGAUUACUGAUUUGAAAGACCUGCUGCGCUCCGAUCCAAAGUGUGCUAACUCUGUAGGAUGGCACGGCCUCACUCCUCUGCAUCAAGCAACUUUGAGAAGUAACCAAGAAAUUGUGGAUUUGUUGCUGGAUCACGGUGCUAACGUGAACCAAGCAAACGCAUACGGCGAGACUCCUCUCCACUUCGCUUGUCAAGCGGCUUCUUUACACUGCGUAAACAAGUUCAUCGAGAACGGAGCAGAUCUAAGAGCGGAAGAUGGAGGUGGGAGAACUUGUAUUCAUCAUGCUGCUAGGAGUGGGUCUGUGUAAGUGUGAGUUGACUUUUGGUUGAAAAUGACACCCAUUCACAACAUAUACUGCUGUGUAGUAUUAAAAUUCCAUUACUCCACAAUAUUCGACUGUUGUAGAGUACUAGAGUUCACUGUGAUUUUUGACAUCGACGUGUUUUUUGCCGCAGAUUUCAUUUCAGAGUCAAAAAGCAAGAUCUUCAGAUAUGUUUGAUAAAAGUUUCAAAGUACAGGCAAAGCAAAUGCUGUUGUUGACGUUACAAAGCAAUUACACUUCCCGUAUCACCCAGUCAAUAUCUACCACUAAAACUUUAUGGAUUAAGUAAAAGUAUACAAGGGACAGGGGACACUUCAUGUGGCCCUCUCAGUGUCUGCAUUAAGGGGUCUUGAAGGUUCUGCAAUAUAACUGUUAUCUUUUAACAAGUAUAUGUUUUUAUUUUCUUGUAUUUUAGACUGAAACUGCAUUAUUUGACAGCAUGUGGUCUGAGUUUGAAGAAAAGAGAUAAAAGGUAUUCAAAUUGUCAAUAGAUUUUACUCCCUUCUAGGAUAAACGUAAUGAGGUAGUUUUGCUUUCCAUCUGCGAUGAGACUGUGCCUCUGCUUUUAUGGUUUUCUACACCACGCGUAGUAAUCCGAGCCAUGCGAAAGUCUAUCUGUUUUCAAAGGCAAAGGCAGUACCUUCAUUUCUUCAGCUAUUCUAAAACCCUGAGAAUUGGUCUAGCUCUGGGAAUUGAACCUGCUCUGCAGUCAAUCUCUUUUCUAAGUGAGCUAAUCUUGUUGUGAUUUAGCUAAGUUACCAGUGCAUGAAUCAAGAAAUUCCAUGCUACAGUACUGCAGUUGUUCAAAAGGCAUAAUGUUUUUCAGUGGAUAAAUCCCUAUCCACUGGAUAGGAAAGCCUGUGUAAAAAGUGUUUUCGUGUGGUUUUAGAGCAAAGAAAGACCAAGGAAUGAAAUUUUUGGCUUUUGCCAUGCUAAAAAAGGAGAAACGCUUGCUACACAGGCUAUUGAUAUGGGAAUAAAUAUUUAUAUAUUGUACAUUUAUUAGUAUCCCUAAUACUUAUCCCCUGGAUGCUGAUUUAUCCGUUAGAUAUUACUAUCGAACAUUUAAACAACUGGGGCCAGCACUCCAGUGAUGAGGCAUCAUUGCAGUCUAUUUAGAAACUAACCCCUUGAUGUAUUUGUGUACACAGGGGACUCACAGCACUUCACAUUGCAGCUGAACAUGGUCAACUUGAUGCCUGUGAAUACCUUCUACGUCACAAGGUAACAACCAAGGCCCCGUCCACAGGAAUCCAACUAUUUUUUAAAUGUAGUUGAAUGAAAUUUAACACAGUUAACAACAUGGAGUGCGGACACACAUUGUUGGUCAGUCGUCAGUGCAGUGGCUCAAGGGUGAUCAGCCUUGCUUGUGUCAUCUCCAUGUGCUUAGUACAGCGUUUGCUGGCAGCUGCUCCACUGAUAAAUCAGUGUGACAGGUGCCUGGUUCGAUUGGCGUGGGGGUUCAUGGCUGGAAGGUGCAGGUUUACCAGCCAUGGGGUUGUAAGUCAGUCUAGGGGCUGGCUGUGCCAAAAGUGGAAGCCUCUGGACAUCCCGGAUACCCACUUCCACUAAGUGACACAGUUGUUAAACUACAUUAUUUUCUUUACACAGAUUGGCCUUCCAUCCACACGAAACCAGCGAAUCUGUUCAUUCUUUUGAUGGGACCUAAUAUUUUUAUUGUAAUAUUUGUUGUAACUCAUGAAUUAGUUUCCUCAUGUGUAGACGUAUUAAGAUAUUAUGUUGUUCCACUCAUGACAGCUCUAAUAUGGGAAAAUUGUAAGCAAACGUUUUUUUGUUUGCACCUUUUCUUGCAGCGGUUUCCUCCUGAUGUUCGAGAUAGUGCAAACACAACACCACUGCACUUAGCUGCCAAGUAUGCUCACUGGUGAGUUUGCACUGUACUCUGAAUGAAUUUAAUAUGGGUUUAAAACAGUUUAAGCCCCAAUAUCCAUGUACAAUUUCUGUGGACUGAUUUCCAUCCUUUUCUUGAUAAAGAAAUAUUUGAGAGAAUUUGAUAAAAGAUCCAAGCAUUUUUUCUUUGAUGAUCAUUUUUUUAGUAAUCCCCAUAAUCUUUUCUAUGAUGUAUGGAUAUUGUUAGGGGAAUUUUUUCAUCACUCUUAGGACAAAGAGAGUUACAGUUUGACUACUAUAACCGGGGCCACCUAGACAAAGUUAACCAAUCGGAUUACAGGAAAAUAACAAUACGUUCCAGGAAAGUUAGUCGUAAGUUACCAUGAAACGAAAUAAACAACACGGAUCAAAAUCAACUAAUCACAACAUACAGACAUGACCUUUUGAACCUGCUGAAGAAAGCCAGUGUUUCCUGACAGGUCUGUUAGAGUGAGUGAAUGCAUUGUUAUUUUCCUGUAAUCCGAUCUGAGUGGCACAGUAGUUGCACUGUAACUCUUAUACUCCUUAAAUUAAAGUGAUUAAACAGCAAAUUAGAAGCAAGCAAGGUUUUAAGCAUCAGCCCAUAAAUACUUAGCCUAUUGGUAGAUCAGUACUGCAUGAGAGGACCUCUUGUGGUAUUUGAACAUGCCAUGCCACACAUGACUUUCCACAGUUAUACUCUACAAUGUGCCAAUAAUUUCUGAUUAUUCUGAUUUUCUGCAGUGAAGUAGCCUGGGCUCUGGAAAGUAAAAGCAAAUUAUCAAUGAUUAAUGAGGAAGAUGUGAUGAGAAAAACACCUAUGGAUUACGCUGGUGAAGGACAAACUCCAAGGUACUGCAUAAAGCCUUAGCCCUUUAGGUCCCAAGAGUGUCCAACAUCAAUUUUCUCCUAACAACAUCAGCAGAUCAACAAGAGUAAAGGUUAUGAGAAUUACUAAAUUGAUGACCAAAGGGAGAGUACUUUGAUCUUAAACCAAAUUCUCUCAACUAUUCUUAAAAGAAAUGUAUGGAGAUCGGUCUGGAGAAUUUGUAUGUGGAUCUUGUGGCUUAAAGGGUUAAACAAUCUUGUUCAUGUUCUAUUAUUGUGGUAAUAAUAAAUAGUAUGGUCCCAGUUGUAGUAAUAGGCUAUUUCCGAGUUCCACAAACCCUCGCUUUCAAAACAAGGCUAAGCACAAAACCUUACUUGUGAAAAUGAGUUUCAUUUGUAAACAUGAUAAUUAAAAAUCGGGCUGCAGGGGCGUAGCCAGCCCAUAGACCUGUGGCCCUGGGCCUACAAAUUUUUGGUUGAAAAGCUUAAGAGGUCAAGGUGUUGGUGCAGUCAGACUAGUUGUGCAUACAAUUCUCAGGAUAUGUGGAAAAAAAGGCAGCCAGGCCUACAAAUAGUUGCAGAGCUGGCUAUUCCCCUGGCCUAUUAUAGCUCCCAACUUUUGGGUGGCUGGGUAACCUUAGGGUGCUUUCCAUUUGUCAGAAUUGCCCGGCCAGCACAUUCCCAUCGUAAUGAGAAUUUCUCUCUUAAUCAAAACUAACCAUCCAGAUCAGUUAAGUCCUAAAUAUUAUACACAAAAGGAGAUGGUUUUUCAGCAAAACCUCUUGGAAAAAGCCUAUUUCAUUGCCAAAAUGUCUGGUCCAGCCAUGGUCUGGCUGGCCAGUUCUGACUUUUGGAAAGCGCCCUUAGUAUCACACUUUCGCAGCAUCAUAGGUUGCAUGAAGAAAGGUUACCUGUGAAUAAUAUACUGCUUUUCUUUUUAUUUUGUGACGACAGACACUUGUGGCUUAAGAGACACCUGAAAUACUGGCAGGCCAGUCGCUGUCCCCCGACACAACCACCUUACCCAUGGAUGCCGUGGUUACUAUUACUCCUGUCUCCAUCCUUUGGAAUUCUCCUCAUUGUUGAAGCAUUCAAUCAACUUUCAAGGCUGUUUGCAACAUUAGCAACAAUAUCUAUUAUAAUAUUCUUCAAUGUAUGCUCCUUCUCCAAGCACAGGAUGCAGCAUAUUUCUGGGUUACAGAGUCCGGCUUUGCUUGGAUACUUCUUUGGACUUAUCAUACAAAGUCUGCUGUGGUAUUUUAUAUAUUUGACACCUCAUAUCCUUUGAAAUAGUCACUUCUUAUCUUGUAAAUCCACAUGAUUACUCCUUAUCCUUAGUAAGGAUGCUAGACUAAGGCUUGCAGGCUGUUCUCAAGCAUCCUACCUCGCCUUUCCUCUUAGUCUGCUACACAGCCGUUUUUAGUGUCGUCACACAAUGCUCCUCCCCAGUGUUGCGUGAGAACACUAAAAAUGGCUGUGCAGCAGACUACUUUCCUCUUUGUGCUUCGUGUUACAUAAGGCCUUCUGGUUUCUGUAAUACAUGAGAACCUCGCAGAAGCGUCCACCCAUAAUGGGAAGAGUUUAUGGUCACUUCUGGGAGGUGGUCUCUUUCAAGAAUCGGUCUACAGGAGAUCCCUUCCUUGUCAUGGUUUUGGAAGCCAUCUUGACGAAUAGGCUACUGCGUGAGAAAUUAAAGUGUUUGGAUGAGAAUCUUAUGUUGAAUAAUUUCCGUGAAACAGCUGUUCUGAAAAAAAAAUGAAUAAUUUGUAAGCUUAAGCUACUAAGCAAAGGAUUCCACAAACAAAUUUUUGGGGCCGUAACUGUGCUUAAAUUUCUCCAGAUGCCUGCUUUAGAUUUUCCAUAUAUUUGUCUGCAAUUUUUCCCAGGAAAUUUUAGUCAGCAGGAAAAAAAAUUUUACAGACAAAUGUAUCGAAAAUUUUAAAAAGUGGUUCUAGCACGUGUAGCUGCAUUUAACGCCCUCAAAUUUUUUCAGUAGGAUAGUUAGUAGUGAAGCUUUAGUUUACAAUUCAUAUUUUUUUCAGAACAGCCGUUUUACAGAAAUUAUUCGAUAUUAGAUUCUCAUACAAACACUGUGAUUUCUCACGCGGCUGCCUACUCAUCAAGACGACUUCCAAAAAGCGAAACGACUUUACAACUUUGUAGCGAAUCGACUUCAUUAUGCAGCGGAACGACGUGACUUUGUAUCGAAACGACUAUACUCGGGCGGUGCACUCAUUUUACGCCGCCCUCUCUUCAUCAGUGCUCCCUUUUAUGGGUAUUUAAAGCUACUUUAAGCUAUAAUGAAAAGGGGGAAGUCAAAACAGGGAUUUGAGGUCAUACCUGGGAAUCAGACCAAGGCCUUCAAUCAGAAAGAAUGACACAGUUCGGGAUGGCGUCAGCUUCUCUAUCUUCCUUCAGUGACCAAUCUACCCCAUCAGCUCAGUUGAUAAAACCAAAUCUUUGGUAAAAAAAAAAAAAACACAAAAACGUCAACCUUCCAUUGACGCGAUGCAAAUCUUCUUCGGAGGUACUGGGAGUCUGUCAAAGUGGACUGUAAGUCCAAAAGAAUUCGACAGGAUUUGUUUCUUGAUUUAUUACUUUGUAAACAUGUGUCCUUAACAUGUAUCACAGCUUUGGCCAGAUUUUCUCUGGACCUUAGCCGCUGUUCUUCUAUUAGCAAUAACCCUCAUAACAUUAAAGUAAGUUGAAUGAUAGAUUAUGGAAAAUUGGACACUGGUUCAAUUUUCUUUACGUCACUGAUUUGUGAGGUCUGUGAAAUUUGCAAUAUUCACAUAACAAUUUAUCACGUUAGGCUCCGACUCUUACACAUGAUUUUAUACUUAUUUAUUUGCUGAUCUCGACCUUGAUGCUACUGUACUCUUUAAGCUUGCCAAAUCCCACAAGCUUUGAGCAUUAAUUCUUACUGUGUCAAAAUAACUGUUACCUGCUUGCUUAUGUACUUUUUUUUACUUACUUACUUAUUUAUUAACUUACUUAAGGUGGAUUUUCACUAUCGCGCAAUUUUUCCGUGCGAACGCGCGUAAAUACGGUACAGGCAAUGUAUGGAAGGUCACUCGUAACCGUAAAAGUUGAACCUGGCUCCACUUUUACGUUUGCGCGUGGCCUUUCGUAUUUAUUUUACAGUGAGAGGAGUUCUGUACAUAAAACAAAGUGUGUUGUUCACGUUUCCCCAGCAAGGAAGUUCUAACGUACUUUUUUUUCUUUAAAUUUCCUUUCGCGCAGAAAGCUUUUCUCUGAUCCGGGUGUGGUGAAGUACAACAAAAUCUCCAACACUGGUGAAACAAUGGUAAGACUAAGCUCUACCUAGUGCGUGUCUAAAACACGAGCAGUAUAGUGUUUCGUAGUAAAUAACAAAGGCCUAUCUGCCUCCCGGUCGUUUCGCCCGAAAGUCGAUUCAGUCGCCCGAAGUUGUUUCGCCCGGACUUAAGCCGAUUCGCCCGAUGGUUAUUUGUCGUUUAUUCGACUUUUGGGCGAAACGACCAGUUGUUCAAAGGGAGGAAAGUGCUAUCACCUAGUCAAAUCACUAUCUAGAGGAUAACUCAUUUUAUGUUCCCAAUCCUUAUCCACUGUAUAGCGAUUUAUCUGGUGAUUAUUGCUAUCCAACCUGACAAAGUCGAUCUAGAAUUUUAUUGACCGGCUAUGUAGAUCGGUUCAUCUUUUCACUAAUCCUUACGGAAUUCAAAGGUACUUGGCUUGAAAACGGAAGAAAUAGUCACCAAAAAAGGGGAUCAUUAUAUAGUAGAAAACUACCAUUUGUCCAUUUAUGCCGUUCUUGAAUGAUAGUGCCUUAGUGGUUAAGCUGAGAAACAUUCAUGCGAAAACCUUGUUUCCUUCUCUCUGCGUACACUUGGAAACUAAUUUCCGAAAGAAAUUUGCGCUGGAGAAGCAAGAAUGAUAUUAACCAGAUACAAUAGCACAUCUUGACUUCCCCAACAUUUUCUUUUCGUGCGGCAGGUUAUAAACAUUUGCGUGAAUGUCGUUACCACUCGUUGCGGACAAUCGUGCGUGCGCGCGUUUCGCUCAUACUAUCUUAGGGGAGCUUUUUUUGUUACUUUGAUUUUCUGCUUGUGUUGCGGAAACUAUUGUUGGUUACCUUUUUUGUUAUAACGUUCACUGUCUUGUCAGUCUUUUGCAUCAUAUCUUUUCGUAAUAAUUCUUUUUUUCUUCUGUUUUCGUUGCACUUUUUUCCAGAGCAUUCUAGAUGUAGCAAAAGGAGUUGUACCCGAAGGAGACUUCUGUGAAGUGUGUGAGGUAGGCUAUUUUAACUUUUCUUUUACUCUUAAUUAGCAGACAGCACCAAUUUCUCUUGAGUGUCGAAAGUAAUUACGUAACUGCGUUGGUUUUUCGUUGCCAUACUGUUGGAUGUGAACAGCAAAAUAUAAACAGUACCACUGCUCAGUAGCUUUCAUUUGAAUGAUUACAUUUUAGGAUUUCAUCCACAGACUUGCUAGAACCACCUUGUACGAAUAAUAAACAGUACCACAGGAAAGUACUGCUCAGUAGCUUUCAUUUGAAUGGUCACACUUUAGGAUUUCAUCCAAAUAGUCAAAAGUUAGAACCACCUUGUACAGCAUAAUAAACAGUACCGCCUAAAAAAGUACUGCUGAGUAGCUUUCAUUUAAUAGGCCACACCAUAGGAUUUCUUCCACGAACUCAAAAGACAGACUUACAAUGUCUCUGUAUUUGACUUCAGGGAUUAAAACAUUGAUUCUUCUUUCAGAUUGUGCAGCCUGAGCUGACCAAACACUGUCGCCUCUGCGAUGCAUGCGUGCUUAGUUUGGAUCACCACUGUUUGUUUUUGACGCGUUGUGUGGCAGUAAACAACCACAGGGCUUUCGUUUUCUUCAUGUUUGAAGCAAUGCUGGCCAAUCUUUUGUAUGUAAGAGCAGCGAUUACUUGUGAGUAUUAAACACUUCUUUUAGAUGCUUCUUUAUUCAGUGUUACGCUUAUGCGGAAAUCUUGUAACCUGCGAGUACAACCGUUUGUCCUCGCUCUUCGCCGCUCAGUUUUCUUGGCGGUAAAAAGGAUAAUAUAUAGAUUUAGCCAGAGCUAAAAGCGAAGCUCUUGAUAAUAUUUAUAGUUCGUUGAAACAUAAUAUAAAAUCGUGUAAUGCUAAGCGGCGAAGGCUACGGCGGAGAAUGGUGAAAAACAACAAUAGGUCUAAUUAGCAAAAAAACAACUUUGCACGUGCAGCACACCUUUUUGUACAUUUCUAUGCCGUUGUUUUGCACGACUACAACGUGAAACUUCCAGAAACUUCUUAGAUACACUUUUAAUGGAGGAAAUGUCGUACGUGUUCUCGUUCACUUUUUUCACUGCCGCUCGUUUUCACCCUGCAUUUAAUUGGUGGCCGCUAGCAUUUCUCAUUUUGUCACCGCCGCUACAAAAUCUUCAUGUUUUUCUUCCAACAAAAAAAUGUCUCCUUUUAUCUCUCGCUCCAGAUCUCUGUCGCCCUUUUUCUUGUUGAGCUUCGCUGGCCUGCCGCCUUCUUUCUCUUUUUCUCUGUAUUUUUCUUGCUCUAUAUUCCAAAUUUGUGGACAUGGCAAUUAAUCUAAGCUUAAUACUUUAGACAACACGGAUACAGAAACAAUCUCCGCUUUCCGUUUUGGUCUUUAUUAUUGACUCUUUAGCCGAUGGCUAUGCGAUUUCCCGCCAAAAUGACCUCGAGUUGCAUUUUGGUUACCAUACCUGUUGAUUGACUUAUUUUACAUAGCUUUGCCUGUGGUGCGGACUGACGGUCGGUUGAGCGCACCGUCACGUGAUUACCAAAUUUUCACGGAUGGUUAGAUUACUUUUUUUCUUACCCAUGUUGCUCCGCUGCAUGAGCUUCGCGCGCGAGAGCUCCGCUAUGAAAAUCUAAAGUUGUAGGUCUUAAUUGUAUUACUGUUGGAAUCGUCCUAAUGGUCGUCAUGCUUUGCAUCAAAUUGUCUCAUCCAUCUUAACAUAUUUUGAGACGAUCCGAAAAUGCGAAAUCCGAAAAUUUUUAAACCCACGUGCAAAAAAUAAAGUGUUACUGUAUUGUCAAACUGAAUACUCUUUCAAAGUUGCUGUUUGGUUCGCUUACUGAAGCUUCAAUGCUCUUGCGACAAUGCUGUUUUACUAAUCAAAUUAAUCGUUCUCACUAAAAGUGUCUUUCUACUUCCAGACUUCAACCUGCAAGUCUUUAUAGGAGAGGCUUCUUCUUUUACUGUAAGUUAACACCAGGACACCCCCUGGUUAGCACUAACAUCUCCUUUAGGGCAAAAUAUUGUGUAAAGGGGGGCGAGUAGGUUGGUAGUUUCCUGGAAUGUGCUAAAGUGCUAAAUACUUACAAUUUUUGGAGCGGUGAUUCUUGAUUAGAAAGACCUUAGGUUUAGGAGAUUAUCCUACAAUCAAUAAAUAAGCAAAAGAGAAAAGCUUUGUGUUCAAGACCAUGAAAAACAAACCACAAUUCACGUUACAGAGGUGAAAAUUUAGCAUUUUUGCUUAAUUUCCACUUUUUUCUCCCACUUCUCACCCUCUUUUUUUCUUUCCUCUCCCGCGUUCCAUAACCCUUCCAUCCCUAUUCUCCUGUUCUUCCACCCCGCUCCUGUCCCCCCCCCCCCCCUCUGAUUAAAACAGUUUAGAAAUGUUAUGUAAUGAGCCCGCCUUACCUUAACUCUUUUUCUUUCAGGAAGCCAUGGGCCGUGAUGUCUAUGUGUCAGUUCUUUUUAUCAUCAACUGCCUUGGAUUAGUCUAUGUAUUAUUUGUAAGAUAAGUUUUAUUGUUUAUGCACGCAUUAAACGCAUUUGCCUUUCAUGACAAACGGUAUUGCGCAAUUUUAACGCACUCUUCCAAAUAACAAGAGAUCUGGGCCAAGUUGCAUAAAAGCUUUUUAGAUAAGAGGGCUCUUAACUUUUGUUCUGGAACAAUAACCUACCGUAAAAUUCCGAAAAUAAGCCGCCUCCGUGUAUAAGCCCCUCAGGGGCUUGUACUUGGAAAAUUGCCCUCAAAUACAAAGUAAAAGAUAACAGAAACGGUAAAUUUACUUCCAACUAUAAGGCUAGCCCAAUCGAUUUUGAAACGCAAAUUUCCCUCCGUAGAUAAGCCCCUCUGAAUAUAAGCCCCUCCAAAAAUAAGCCCCUCAAAAAGGGCCUUUAAAAAAUAUAAGCCUCGGGGCUUAUUUUCGGAAUUUUACGGUAUUCUUUUGAAAUAAUAGUGACGAGUUCCCUUAAUCUUAAGAUGCUUUUUGAAACCCUACCCUGGGCCUCAGUUGUAGCGCUAUCCACCGGAUAAAUCACUAUCCAGGGAAUAAAUAUUAGGGAAAACAAUUACGUUAUCCACUGGAUAGAGAUUUAUCCGUGUGAUAACGUUAUCCACCAUUUAAACAAUUGGCGCCUGGAACAAUAUAAAAAUGGUGAGUCUCCAUCGCCACGCGCUCGGUGGGGUGAGGCUACUUUCAAGGGUGUUGUAGUAGUUUGGUCCGAGACUAUGUAUAUCAGCGGGGUCAUCACUCGCUGUUGAGGAUACUGACAUACUUUUUAGUGAUGCUUUACAAAUUCCUGCUUGAAAAAAAAAACGUAACAUCCAAAUGGUUUGAAGUCUUUAAACGUCGUUGACGUUAUCCUGAAUUUUGGUCACCUUAUUGAUGUGCUCCAUUUUGAUGUACUCGAGAAAGACCCUGCAUGAAUCGCGCAUGAUCUUUGUUGAGCAUGCGCUUCUUGGUGCUGGGAUACAGUUUCGAACCCAGGCCGAACAGCUUUGCCGUUGGUACAACGGGCUCAGUUGUGACCAGCGGUUUAUCAAAAAAUGGAUGCUCGCAUCCUGAAAACCGGUAAAACGAUAGAGAACUUCGGGCUUUGGCGACUUCAACGGCUCGACGCGAUUCAAACAGAGCCUCCUUUUCUUCUUCUUCUGACUUAGUUGAUGUCACACGGAACGAUUUGCAACGACGAUUUUUAGCGGAACACAGCGUGGCAAUGUUGGAACAAUGUUGCAGCUAUUCGAAACAAUGUUGCAACGCUGUGUUGCGCUAAAAAUCGUCGUUGCGAGUCGUUCCGUGUAACAUCACUUUUGACCCUUUAAGCCCUAAGAUUGAUCAGCAUCAAAUUUCUCCUUGUAAUAUCAAUGCUUUGGAAAACAGAGUGGUCAUGAGAAUUACGGACAUGAUCAAACAAGAUGAAUUUACCUGAUAUUAAUUUUUAUCAACUUCUAUAGGAAAUUAAUUGGGACAUCAAAAGAGAAUUCAAAUGUUGAUCUUAGGAUUUAAAGAGUUAAGAAGACAAAAGGAGGCUUUACUCGCAGGGAACUGCGAAACUACACCCACUACUUAGCGGGGGCAGGAGCUUUGACUAAAAUCAGUUUACUCAUCACUUUGCAUUUUUUUUUUCAACUUUUCAGUUAACCAUUUUUCAGUUCAAAGUUAUAACCGAUGGUGGAACGACUUACUAUUCCUCAGACGGCCAAGCAAGUCAUAGGUGAGUUUUCUUAGAAAAUGUUCCUUCGUGAAAAAGAGAUUCCCACUUUUGAGUGGUUGAAAGUUUAUUGGGGCGAGAGAAUUCGUUUGAGCAAGCUGUCCUGGGGAAUCAGUGGGGUAGGAAGAGUUGGAAAGGCCUGGGGCCCGUUUCUCGAAAGUCCGCCGGACAGAUAAUUAACUGGCCGUCUCGGAAAGCUGUUUUUGUUUACACACCAAGAGCGAGGUUUCAAUUGUUUUGCAGAUAAUAUGAUAAAACUAUCAGUUAACAAAACAAAAUGGACUAGUUUCUUAGCUAGGAACGGCGUUUGUUUUCUUUAGAUUUGAUUUGAAUACUUGAUUUUGGAUCUGAAACGUUACGGGCACUUUCGAGAAACGGGCCCCAGGAGUGGGUUCCCCGCCGUCCCCACCCACUCCGCCUUGGGAAAAAAGAGUGGAAACUCUUCGGUUGUGUGGCAACGUUUGUUUUGUACCCGUUUCACAGUUGGUCAUAAACUGAGAUCAGGCCCAAUUUUAGCAUCUUCCAUACAUUCUCUCUUUUGCCUUUCCCACCAGAAUUUUAUUUCAAAGCGAAACGAAAAUGGAUCCUGAUUUCAGGUUAAGCUGGUCAUAACUCCAUCUUAUUGUCAUGAAACACUGCUCCCAUAUCUUGACGUAAUAGCACACUUUGGCAUAUUUUAAGGUUGUAUGUGCAACAACGGAAGCGUAAAUUUAAUGGUACAGUUUUUGUACAGGUAACUUAUACAAGAUUUAUAGCUUGUUGCGGCUAUCUAUCUUUUUUUUUUGAAGAGAAGAAACCGGGUUUCAACUUCAAAAAGUUACGCUAACUUUAAGUGAUGUGCCGACUGCUUUUCCUAUAUUUCAAUUGCGUAGAUAAUGUACAAGAAGAAAUGUGAUAUUGAUCUUAUUUCCUUCCGCAGAACCUGGAAAGACCUUUAUAAAUUUACGGGAGUACCGUGGUCUCAAAGACUAAAGAUAUUUUCGCAGUUUCUACUAGGAGAAUACUCGUUUUUCAGAAAGAUCAAGAUGAAACGUGCCGACACAUUCGUUUAGGAUCGUGAAACCUUCUUGAAAAGACUUCUUAUGCAUUUAGCUUUUUCAGUGUUCAAUAGUUGACGUUGAUGCGAGGAAAGGUGAAACGAGUUGGAAAAGCGGAGGGUGCAGAACGCUGUACAAGAAACAAAGUUCAACGUUGUCUCACCUAAGUUUAUAAACAGGCACUGGUUGAGCCAGGAGACGAAUUAUUAUAAUAUCCGUCUCUGACGGAUAAUUCAGCAUUUCUGAGACGCGUUAUCUACCUCUAGAAUGUCCAAGUACCUUGAUGUCUGUUGGGGCUGAUCUCGCGAUGUAUAUAAUCAGUAUCGUACACACGACAGGUUAUUCAGACACUAUGAUUUGAUCGGGAAAAGAAACUUUUCUAGAUGGUCCACGAAAAAGGAUGGACGGUUAAAGAAAGAGUAUAGAUUUAAGAAGUGUACUUUUACUAUAGUUAUCAGUUAGGGGCCUUAAAUUGAUAUCUGUACUUGGUCAAACGAUUCAUUGCCAGGCGAUAAUGUCAGAGGUGUUAUCCACUAGAUAAAAAAGAUUUGAAAUAAAGUUGGUGAUUUGUUUUGU